GGACGUGACGUCACUGCUCGGCGAAUUCGUGUUCCUUUCAUCGCCGUGUCUUCCUGCCGUCAGCAGCCGCUGGCCCCGCCGCUCCCCGUCAUGUCCCGGUGCUGCGAGUACGUCACCUCCGAGCAGCUCAGCGGCUUCGACCGCUACAAGUACAGCGCGGUGGACACCAACCCCCUGUCCCUCUACGUCAUGCACCCCUUCUGGAACUCCAUAGUAAAGUUUUUCCCCAGAUGGUUGGCGCCAAAUCUCAUCACGUUCAGCGGUUUCCUGCUGCUCGUCUUCAACUUCUUCAUGAUGGCGUAUUUUGACCCGGACUUCUAUGCAUCAGCCGCAGGUCAUGAGCACGUCCCCAGCUGGGUGUGGAUUGUCGCCGGCCUGCUGAACUUCACGGCCUAUACCCUGGAUGGAGUAGACGGCAAGCAGGCUCGCAGGACGAAUUCCAGCACUCCGCUGGGGGAGCUGUUCGACCACGGCCUGGACAGCUGGGCCUGCAUCUACUUUGUGGUGACCGUUUAUUCCAUCUUCGGCCGCGGGGAGGCGGGCGUCAGCGUCCUGGUUCUCUACCUCCUCCUGUGGGUGGUGCUCUUCUCCUUCAUCCUCUCGCACUGGGAGAAGUACAACACUGGAAUCCUGUUCCUGCCCUGGGGCUACGACCUGAGCCAGGUGACCAUCUCCUGUGUGUACCUGGUGACGGCAGUGGUCGGGGUGGAGGCCUGGUACAAGCCCCUGGUGUACAAUGUCUUAUACAGAGACCUCUUCACCACCUUGAUUGUCGGUUGCGCGCUGACUAUAACUCUUCCUAUGAGUCUGUACAAUGUUUACAAGGGUUAUCGGAACAACACUCUGAAACACACGAGCUUGUACGAGUCCAUGCUGCCGCUCUUCUCCCCCGUGCUGCUCUUCAUCCUGUCCACGCUGUGGGUCUUCGCCUCGCCCUCUCAGAUCCUGGAGGCUCACCCUCGGCUCUUCUACUUCAUGGUGGGGACCACCUUUGCUAACGUUACAUGCCAGCUGAUCGUGUGUCAGAUGACUAACACCCGGUGCCAACCUCUCACCUGGCUCCUCAUCCCCCUGGCGCUGGUGGUGCUGCUGGUGGUCUCCGGCUUCGCUCACAAUAUGGAGGCUCUUCUGCUGGUGGUGUUGACGGCUCUUGUAACCAUCGCACAUUUACACUACGGAGUGUCAGUGGUGAAUCAGCUGAGCAGACACUUUAACAUCCUGACGUUCUCGCUGAAGAAGCCCAGCACGGACUGACUAGAGGAGGAGACGGUCGGCCUGCAGUCUGCAGAAGUCCUGUAAACCAUCUCAGCGACUGCUGCCCCUCACCACCCUGGAAAGCCUCGGCUGCUGCCCCUCACCACCCUGGAAAGCCUCGGCUGCUGCCCCUCACCACCCUGGAAAGCCUCGGCUGCUGCCCCUCACCACCCUGGAAAGCCUCGGCUGCUGCCCCUCACCACCCUGGAAAGCCUCGGCUGCUGCCCCUCACCACCCGCUGCGGGGGAAGCGUACAUGACGAUGCUGUACAUAACAGACCGACUGAAUGUGUCGUCCCCCCCCCCCAGCUCUUUACUUUUAACCCUCGUGCUGCUGGGCACAUGAACCGGGCGUCGCGCUCUUUCCCAGAUGCCCUGACGCAUGGCCGCAGUCCGACCUCCGAUAAAGCAGCGCCGACCAGAACCACGCUUUUUAUUGAUUUGCAUAAUGGUAACGUUGGUCAUGUGAUAUUACCUCAUCCAGUAGCUGCGCGGUGCCGGUCGUCCCUCCAGUAUAGCGCUAGGUAAAGACUUCAUCAUUGUGUAAUGGAAAAGCUGUUCAACAUGUGCUUGCUGUCAGGGAACAGAAACGCUUUUUAAAAGUACACCCUGAUGCACUGUAACGCACAUCAGCUGUGCGAGUAGUACUGAUUUAGGACGGUUUUCCAGCGGGUCGGUGUAGGUAUUAGCUGCCGGUCCAAUAGAAGGCAUUGUGCUGCCAGAGCAGUUGUCUGCGUUGAUACACUGUAACAAGCUCAGCAGCUGUGUGGGUCUCAACUGGUUUGUGAAAGUAGAAAAAUAGUUUUUCCUUUCUCUGACAGGAAGCAGAGGACGUUACCUGACAGUGUUCAGGCUUUACAUACACUAGACUAGGGGACCCCUGGAAGACUGUGUUGGCAUCAAUGGGCAUUGCUCUUGUGGGGGAGGGGCGUUCUAUCCUUUUUACUACUGAGUCACCGGGGGUAUCUGGAGGUCACUUCGCUCUCCCAAUACCUCAGAUAAUGGAGCAUCACUGGUGGUAGACAUCUUCCACAUCAAUUUAUUUAGAGAAAAUCUGAUUAAUAGUGCAGGUCAGCAUCAUGUGACUUCUGCCAGGUGGCUCCUCCCCUUCUUGGCUGUCCAUCCAUACUUUUGCUGAGAGCCAGUCUGUCUCAGAUUACUCAGGGCAGAAUUGGCUGCAAACCAAGGGUAGAAACAUAAGGAGACCAGGCAGAAGCUCACCGCCUUAUUAAUCAGAGAUAAUGACUGAGAUGCCCCACCCCUAAUACUUGCUCCUCCCCCUUUUCUUACAGGGUCUGUUUGUCUGGGGGUAACUUUUUUUUUUUUUUUUUUAACCAUUUGCUUUCCCUUUUUUUGGUGGUGGGAAAAGAUUUGCAUGGCGUUUUCUUAACUUUUCCCGUUUCUUGUACAGUUUUUUUUUUUUUUUUUUAAAUAUCUGAAGCCGUCUUCCCCGUGCUUGAAUGAAGAGUGUAUCUAAAGCCAUCUGUUUUCUUUUGGACGGGGUACACUUGGAUGUCCCAAGCACGAGGUUAAGCGGCAUUGCGUGUAAUUUAGUGGUGGUGCUAUGUUUCGUUAUGAUUUCAGCUCUGCAGGUAGCUGUUAUUUGCAGUUGUGCAUAUGGGGGGUGUAUUGGAUUCUGCUUUACACCAUGAGAUACAGUUGCCAUUUUAUUUUAAUUUUUUCUCUCCAGUGUGUGUAUCAUCUGUGUUGAAUCGACUUCAUGUUGAAGCGGUUUAUUUUAUUUUUAAUAAAAUAUUUUUUAUUUUGGAGGGGAGGACACGUCAGUCUACACCUCUAGACCACUGCCGGGGCGGGGGGGAGUUGUGAUACAUAUUUGUAUACCGUUUUACUUGAUCAUUGUGGAUCUUGCAGCUGAAAUCCUUGUCGAUCAGGUGGCAGGGGAAGCUGCAGCUAGCUAGAUUCUUCCGCUGCAGCGGCCACUACAGGAGAGACGUAGUAUUACAUCACCUCUAUUAAGUUGUAUGGUUGUGUCGAGUCCUCCAGAACAUGACGUAACACUCCCCCACCCCCUGAAUGGCUGCUGUGUCCUCCUCCUCCCCAUGUCCUCUAAUACCUAGGACACUGGCUCAGGCUUUCUAUGACUGGAACAGUAAUUGGAAUCCGUUCCCACCUCCGACCCAUAGAUUCCCCCCCCCCCCCCCCCCGAAACUAAAAAUGUUGAGCAAAUGUUGUCAACUGUGAAUUUUAAUUUUUUUUCAGAAAAAUCCUGUAAAUAUAUUUGAGAUCGACAAAUGCAGGAUACGAAAAAAAAAAAUCCUGUGUUACUGCCGAUGUUACGUUUUUUUUUUAUUUGUAUGGCUUUAACUUUUCUGGGAUCUGACCAAACUUAUGUAUUUUUAAUUUUAUUUUUUAUCAAAAAAGUUGCAUUUUUCCCAGAACGCUUUGUUUAAAAAAUAAAAAUAAAAAAAUCUAAGCUUUGCCUUAAAGCAUGAAGAGAAAUGGACUGUAUGCUGUCCGGGAGCGUCCCUGCGGUGGAUGUGCCAUACGUAUCCGCGCUCGUGUGAUUGUCGAUGGAGUCAUUAAUAUACUGAUUCUUUUACAUAAUUUAGUAUUUUUUAUUUAAAUGUUAUUUAUCUGUUAAUUUACAGUCUUUGACCUGUGUAGGACACUAGAGGGGGCUACUGCCUCCCUGACCACAAACCUGGAAAUAAAAUGUAAAGGUUUCCAUUCU